GAUAUUCUUGUCUGCAGCGCAGGACACGUUUCUUAUAUGCGGGGCUCUAUUAUUUUGAAAAUAAGUAAAUUUGUAUUUUUUUUUAGUGCAUUGGAAUGUGGAAUUACAGAAAUGAUGUCGAUACACUUACAGAGUGUCUAUCACCUGUUUGCGUGGCUUUUAUAACUGUGACACUUAUCCUAACGUGGACAAUUAAUAGAGAUAAAGUUAUAGAUUUUUCAUUAAUUUAAAUUUAAUUUUUGAAACGUAAUAUUUUUAAAUCUCUGGUUAUAUUAAUAAUUGAAAUAAUUAGAUGAAACAACUAUUGGAAGAUAUGAUUGAAGACUGGGAAUAUUGGUCACCAAAGCCGGAAAUAGAAAUUUUACAAAAAUAUGCUAUGGAAGGAAGAACCAUAACAAUUGCAUAUGCAACCUAUAUUUAUUCUACUGCAAUUGCCUUUGUCAAUUUACCUAUGAUACCUGUUAUAUUGGAUUUGGUUAAACCUCUAAAUGUAUCGCGUCCAAAAACACCUCUUUACAUUGCGGAAUAUUAUAUAGAUGAGGAAAAGUACUUCUUUCCGAUCAUGUUACAUCAAUAUGCUUGCAGCAUAACAUGUACAAACAUGAUAGUAGUUGUGGAAACAAUGUUUAUGCUCUAUACACAACAUGCUUGUGGAAUUUUUUCAAUUCUUGGUUACAAACUUCAACAUUUGGUCGAACCAAAGAAUGUUGAUAGAAUUAGGCUCAGAAAAGAUAUUGCAUUUUGUGUUGAAAUGCACAGGAAAGUUGUCAAAUUCGUUGAUAAUAUUAAUGCAUCAUUUUCAACGGGGUUCUUCAUCAUAAUGGGACUUAAUACAGUAUUGAUGAGUGUUACUGGUGUGCAGACGGCGUUGAAGAUUGGGCAGCCUCGAGAGGGUUCAAGGUACGCUCUAUUCACGGCGUCGCAAAUGUUUCACUUUUUCUUUCUCAGCGUUCCCGGGCAGAAACUAAUAGACCACAGUCUAGAAGUGCAGAAAUAUAUAUAUAACAGUCCCUGGUAUGAAUUACCUGUUGAGGCACAGAAACUAUUGCUUUUUAUGAUGAGAAAAACAUCAGAACCAUGUGAAUUUGUUGCUGGAGUUCUGUUUCAAUUUUCUAUGCAGACCUUUGCGUCGGUGGUACGAAUGUCGAUGUCUUAUUUUACUGUCCUAUCGUCGGUAAAUUAAUAAAGUCAAGAUUAUUUCCUAAUUAGGUAAGUAAAUAUUAUUCGAGAUUUUCCAGUUGUAAAAUCCCAUUGAAAUAAUUAUGCCUAUUUUUAGGCUUUAUUUAUAAUAAAUAAAGAAAAGACAACUUUGAGGGUUAAUACACUGUGACGUGGAUUUCAAUUAAUUUUAGAAUUUACUGACAUUAUUUCUCUAUAGAAGUAAAAAUAUACUAUUUUGAAUAUUUAAUCGGCUUUUUUAUCACACUCUAGAGGUCGAAAAAAUAGGUGUUUUUUGAGAAUUUUUUUAAAGCAAACUACGAAGGCAAUCAAAUAAAUUAUGAUCUGAGGAGGACUUUAUUGUACAUUUAUUAAAGUGUAAAAAAUAUAAAUAUUAAAAAUUUCUUAUUCUUUAUAACAAUAGCUAAAGGAAAGCGUAGGAUUUUUUGCAUAAAUA